AUGUCAGAAUCCCAUCCGCCAUCUCCCUCAAGUACACCUUGUCCAGAUCACGAAGGUCCUGGCUGCCGACGAUACAACGCCGAUGCUACCAUCUUGCUAGUUGGUUCUUUUGGAGCCGGCAAGAAAACCCUAGGUCUUAUUGCCUCCGUUGCUCUCCGUCGACGGUUUAUUGACUUCGAUGAAUUCUUUCGGGGCCAAAUCCAGUAUUCACCUCAAGAGUUUAUUGCAAACCAUGGAUUCAAACGAUAUCGCGAGGUAGUGAUAAAAGUGUCGCAAGAUGUUCUCACAAAAUACCAAACUGGUUGUGUCAUAUCUGGUCUUGGAUUCGCAGCCAGUUCAGCUCAGCGGCAAUUAUUGGUGGCCUUUGCACAACACCAUCCCAUAGUGUAUGUGCGCAGAAGCAAGGCAGAUCUUCAACAUUUUGUCGGAAUCAACCCGGAUACAUUUGACCAUAUCUAUGAAUUAGAGAAUCUCUUCUUCGAAUCGUGUUCCAACUUUGACUUUUUCAACAUCACGCAAGAGCCGAGUCACGAAGUCGAAAGUCAGAUUCACGCAUCACUCAAACUGAAGGAGCUUGAACGAAUCUUUGUUGCCUUUCUACAUCGCAUAUUUGGCAAUCCACAUAAGCAGAUUGCCUCGGCUGAUCCUUUUUCUGCGACUCAUACAUACGCCCUUGGGUUGUCCUUGAGCCAGCUUGAGACGGAUCUAGACGCCGAAAUUUUGGAUGCAGGCGCUGAUGCUAUUUAUCUCACAUUGAAUCAUGAGGAAUUCAGCCGUGAGGAUAUAUUGAUCAAACUGUCACGCUGUAUGACGAUUCUCAGGAAGAACACGCGUGUGCCAAUAAUUCUCGAUGCACAAACAGAUCCAGUGAAUGACUCGAGCUACUUGAAAUUCUUGGAAGCAGUAGCACUACGGGUAGCUCCUGAUGCAUUCACUUGUGUGCUCCGAAAUAAGGACAGUAUUCGGCGAAUUUAUGCCACGAAAGGCCAUUCGAAAAUGAUUGCCGUACACCACCAAAUGGGACCGCUAGGAUUUGGAAUGGCACCCUCUGAAAUCCCGCGUAUUCGUAUGUGGUUCGAAGACUUUGGUUUCGAAGCUCUCCGCAUUACCGGUCAACAUGCGGUUCCAGAAGAUGCACUCGCAUGCGUUUCUUUUCGCGGAAUGUUGACUAAUGCCCUCAAUAUUCCAGUUAUUGCAUACAAUACCGACCCUGAGGAGCGAGCUUCCAUACUCCUGAACCCGACUUUAUCUCCCAUACGGGUUAGUCCUGGUCAAAACUCUAUAUCCUCUCUGCGAGACAUGCAACAUGCGCUAAGCUCUUUGUCUCUACAUCCUAAUAAGUUGUUUAAAAUCGUGGGUCAAGAUCUUCGCCAUAGUCUGUCACCAGAAAUGCACAAUGCAGCCUACGCGGCCUGUGGUCUCCCGCAUACGUAUGAAUACGAUGAGAUCCAAGGCUUCGACGAGAUCGAAGCCAUAUUAAAAGCCCCAUCCUUUGGUGGCUUUCUUGGUGGUUUGAUCAUUUCCCUGCCAUUCAAAAAUGAUGUUUUACCCUUGCUCGACGACAUCAGUCCCGACGCCAAAGACAUCAACGCAGUAAAUACUGUGGUAUUGGAACACAAGGUCCAGCCGAACGGAGUGAGAACUCCCCUUUACCGUGGAUACAACACAGACUACAUCGGAAUCAAAGAUUGCGUCCACAGUCACCUGUCUCCAGCAAAUGCCAUUCGAGGUGGCAGUACGGCUCUGAUCAUAGGUGCUGGUGGAAUGGCCCAUGCUGCUGUGUACGCAUGCUAUCAAUUAGGGGUUCGGCAGAUAUUCGUUUACAACAGAACUCUUUCGAACGCACAAAAGCUGGCCCGUUACUACAAUGUAUGGGCGAAAUCCAAGGGCGACAAGAUCUUCCAUUUAGAUGUCCUUGAGUCAAUAGAGGACCCCUGGCCAUCGGAUUUUCGUCUUCCAACAAUCGUGAUUUCAUGCAUUCCUGGAAGGCAUGUUGGCACUCAGUCGCCGGUCGUCUUCCAAGUUUCUGAUACAUGGCUCGAAAGUCCAACGGGAGGAGUGUUCGUUGAGGUUAGUUACGGUCCAUGGAAGACCUCGUUGAUGGAGCAGAUGACUCCGUGGUCAAUGAAAGGUUGGGUAAUCGUUGAUGGAUUGAAGGUGCUUGUCAAACAGGGCAUUACUCAAUACGAGCUCUUUACCCAGAGACCAGCUCCAGUGCACGUCAUGCGACGAGCCGUUCAAGAGGAGGCCAUCAAAAAAGGGUAUUUCCAUAUGUGGUAA